AUGUUGAGGACUUGUAAUGGCUCUUAUUCAAUGAAAAAUGGCAGCUCAACGAAAAAUGGCAGCCUCCCUUGCAAGAGCUCGAGGGAUUUUAGACAAGUAGAUAUCAUCGUCGCUCUUGAUUCUCAAGCUAUUUUUGAAGCGUUAUCUAAACCCAAGGAUUGGCCAAGGUACCGUGCUUUAUUACAUCGGAUGAAACAGUUGCGAUCUGGUUUUACAUGUUGUGCUUUUGAACACAAAGCGACAACAUCGAAUUCGGUGGCUCGGGCAAUUGCGAAAAGUGUCACUAAUGAAGGUCGUUUUCAAUCUUAUCUUGUGUUGGGUGGCCCGUAA